AUGAACGGCGACGAUAAUCUGAUUGGGACUGGUCUGAUGGAUAUUCAAUUGGAACCGAAAAGAAAAACGAUUGCGAGGCAAGCAUGGCGCAGCUGGGACUUUGGGAAAAUCCAAGAGGCAGAAAAAAAUGGAAGACGACGCCAAAAAAACGAUUACGACGAUACGAAGCCGACAUCAGCCACCAGCCUGCGAAAAAAAAAAAGGCGUGUAAGGUGUGGCAUCCCGCGUACACAAUUACGGUAUGCUGGGGGGAGGGGUGUGCAACGCGGCCGCGACAGCGAAUGCGAGUCACCGAGGCCAAAAAAAAUGGAAGACUGUCAUCAGCACAGGGCGUGA